AUGAUUAAUGAUGCGUCAUCCAAACCUUUCGAACGUCUUUUUCGAAUGUUUUCGAGAAAAUCUAAAGAAUUUCAAAAGAAAGACACUCUCAUAACAAUGUCGUCUGUGGCAGGAUCAAAGCGUCGAAUUGACAAUAAGUCGUGCAAAAUCAAGUACAAAGCUCUUAAAGCGUUGGAAAAGGGUACUGCGCCAAAGGAUGUGGCAAAAGAGUUCAAAAUUCCUCCAAGCACCCUGUCAACUUGGAAAAAAAAUAAAGAAAAGAUUUACAAGCAGUUUAACAACGGGCAAACAUCGAAGAGAUCAAAGCCAGAAAAAUUCGAAGAUGUGAACAAAGCUGUUCAUAAAUGGUUACUUAUGAUGAGGAGUGAGAAUAUCCCAAUCAGUGGCCCGAUGCUGAAAGAGAAAGCUCUUGAGUUUGCCGAAGCGUUGGGUGUCGAGUCAUUUCAAGCUUCUCAGGGGUGGAUGGCUAAAUGGAAAACCAGGUAUGGAGUAUCCUUCGAAACCAUCGCUGUAGAAUCACGGUCCGUCACUGAGGAAAUGACAGCGCCAUGGUCGGAGACAACAUUACCAACCAUUCUCUCCCGCUAUCCUCUGGAAGACAUUUUUAACGCCGACGAAUUUGGGCUUUUCUUUCAAUGCCUUCCCAAUAAAACUUUGCAUAUGAAAGGUGAUAAGUGUUCUGGAGGAAAACACAGCAAAGUUAGACUUACUGGUUUAGCUGCUGGUAAUGCCUUGGGGGAACGAUUGCCAAUGUUUGUAAUCGGCAAGUCCGCCAACCCUCGUUGCUUUAAAGGUGUCAAAACACUACCCUGUCGAUACCGUUCGCAAAAGAAGAGUUGGAUGUCUGGAGAGCUGUUCGAAGAGUGGGUACGCGAGCUUGAUCGAAAAUUCUCUGUCUCUAAGCGAAAAAUUGCUUUGAUUAUUGACAAUUGUACCGCACAUCCUCAUGUUGAAAACCUGGAAUGGGUAGAAUUGAUCUUUCUUCCUCCAAAUACCACGUCCCGAACCCAACCUAUGGACCAAGGAAUUAUCCGCGCCCUGAAAGCAAAAUAUCGAUCGCUAGCAGUGCGGAAAUUGAUAAAAGCCUUGGACGAGGAAAAAUCGACUCCGAAGUUCUCGAUUCUUGCAGCUAUGUACAUGCUAAGGAAAGCAUGGGAUGAUGUUUUCAACAAAACAUUCACCAAUUGCUUUCGAAAAUCAGGAAUUUCCCAAAAGGAUGCAGAAAGAGCGAUCAACGAAGAUGACGACCCUUUUAAAAGUUUAACCAGCGAAGUAGAAGAAGACCCAAUUCCAACCCUCGAUGCUGAACUCUCUUACAUAAAACGAAGGUUUCCUGACCACAUUGAUCCUGACUUAUCAACUGAAGAUUUCAUUGAUUUUGACAUUGAAGUCAGUACAUCCCAUGGGCGUCUGAAGACUGCUGACAUCAUUGCUGAGAUCACUGGGACUCAAGACGAAGAAUUAGAAGAGGUCGACGAAGAAGACAAGGAGGAAGAAGAUAAGAUCACAAGACCGACAGCCGAGCAAGUGCGUACAGCUAUCAACGUCCUCGAAGACUUGAGUAUUUUUUCACAUUUUGGAGAAGAAAUGAUAGCUUCCCUGAGGGACUUGAAUCGUAAUAUCGCCAAAGAUUUUGAUAUGAGUUCCCCCUUAAAGUUAGACUUAAGAUUAAAUAUAACGUUUUUAUCCAGCUGGUUCACACACAUCAUUGAAUGCAUUUGGGGUGUCAUUAUUGCCGUUCAAAGAAACCAUCAUGUCCCAUACUCUGACAUGGAACUACAAUCCGAUUCUGGUUUCGAACGUGCUGUAUGUUUUACAAAAGCAAGAUAUGAAUUAUUCAAAAGUGAAUUGAAUGAAUCGGAAAAUCAGGGAGUUUCCUUAAAACAUUACAUAAAGUCUAAUACAGUUAACUCCCGGCGAGUUAGGGACAAAAAUAUAUGGUAG